UCAUCAUCCUUAGAUUCUCCAUCCUCGACAUCGUCUUCAAGCUUCUCCUCCACGUCAUCUUCAAACCCCUCUACGCCAUCUUCCUCUCUGAGUUCUAGUCACGGUCAAAGCACACUCAUUACAACUUCCUCUCUGUUAGGAAACAGCAUCACAACGCUCACUGGUAGCCCCAUCAGUACCGAAAGUAGGACGAUGAACCCGCCUGCUUCUGGUCUGACGUCGACCAGCGCACUCUCGACGACAAGUGUAAUAACUUCCAUUAGCUCAACUUCAACCACCAGUCAUACAGCCAGUCCGUCCUCUGGAAUGGCUCUUAGUGGUUUGACGAGCAGUGGCACAACAACCGCAACUUUAUCGGACACGUCGAAAGAUGGGCUCUCUUCAUCCACCACAGCCAUCACCGCAAGCAAUCCCCCUUUCUCCAACACUACGAUCUCCACCACUCGGACUUCCGUUUCCCCUUUGACUAGUAGUGGAGACAAUUUUUUCUCACCUACUACCACUAUUCUUAUCAGCAUCGGUAUCACAGCCUCGCCUUCUGUGAUCGGAGUUCCCUUCCACUUGGAAGUUGUGCCGUUGAUCAGCCUACCUAACACGUAGGCUUCGUACUUGAUCAGAGGUUGAAUUCUUGUCCUACUAUAUAUUUCGGCCUGACUCUGGUUGUAAUACCAUUCUGAAAAUACUCAUUAUGC